AUGGGUAUCGACUUCACCGUCUUCAAAGGCUCCAAAUCCGGAGAGAUAGUUGAGGCAAGAGGGCACAGGGACGUUGGUCCGACCCAGGCUCUAACCGAACUAUCGCAUUGUGGUGUUUGCGGUACGGAUGAGCAUUACAAGCAUGCAGAACAGGGCCUUGGCCACGAAGGUGUGGGCAUAAUCAAGGAGAUCGGAAGCCUUGUCAAGCAGAUAUCAGAUUUGAGAGUCGGUGAUCGUGUUGGUAUGGGUCAAAGUAGACGGUUUUGUGGGUAUUGCAAGCCGUGUCUUACCGGCCAGCACUUUAAGUGUCAAAAUAGCGCACGAUUUGGGAUCGCCAAUCUGGACCAAGGUUGUUUCGGUAGUGGUGUGGCUUGGGAUGUGUCGGCCCUAUUCAAAAUUCCGGAUGAGAUCUCUUCCGAGUCCGCAGGACCAUUGAUGUGUGGUGGCGCCACUGUCUGGGGCCCAUUGUAUGAACAUGGCUUCAAGCCAGGCGACCGCAUCGGUAUCAUAGGUCAUAACACUUCCCUGGGGAUUGGAGGUCUGGGGCAUCUCGCGAUCCAGAUGGCAUCGAAGAUGGGUAUGGAAGCCGUGGUCUUCAGCGGAACCGAAUCAAAGAAAGAAGAGGCGUUCCAGCUCGGGGCGAGCGAUUUCUAUGCGACGAAGGGCGUCACCAAAUUCGAAGGGGUAGAGCCUGUGGACUCCUUGUUGAUCACGACUUCGGUGCUGCCUGAUCUCGCUCUGUACCUGCCUAUUCUUGCGCCGUUUGCGAAGAUCUUUCCGCUCACCAUCAGCAUGGACAACAUUCCAGUCCCUGCCCUCCCAUUCGUGUUGUAUGGCUACAGUCUCAUUAGGAGCGGAGGAGCGCAUCCGCAAUCGGUCAAGGCGAUGUUGAGGUUCUGCGCAAAGCACGAUAUCAAGCCUGUCAUUGAGAAGUUCCCCAUGACAAGGCAAGGCAUCAUCGAAGCCGUGAAGAAGCUGGAAGAGGGUAAGGUGAGGUACAGGGUGGUGCUCGUCGUGUAG